UCCUCAUUCUUGCAAUCAUGUCAACACUCAACCAUCUUUUUGGCCUUCCAGAGCAAAUAUGUUACGUUCAAUGUGGAUUCUGUACCACCAUUUUAAUGGUGAGCGUCCCAUGCAGCAGUUUGUCUAUGGUGGUGACAGUCAGAUGUGGACAUUGCACAAGCCUCCUCUCUGUUAAUAUGAUGAAAGCUUCUUUUGUCCCCUUUCACCUUUUAGCUUCCUUUACUCAUCUUCAGCCAAAAGAGGGAAGUCCAGAAGAGGAAGCAAGCAAGACUUUGGACAGCCAUAAUCAUAAUGGAUCCAUGAUGACCUAUUCUGAUUGUGAGGAGGAAGGGGACGCGAUUCCUAUGAGUAUUGUCGUAAAUAAACCCCCAGAGAAGAGACAGAGAACACCAUCAGCUUAUAACCGAUUCAUCAAAGAGGAGAUUAGAAGGCUAAAGGCUGAAAAUCCAGACAUGGCUCACAAGGAAGCUUUUAGCACAGCUGCAAAAAAUUGGGCCUGCAAAGGAGAUGAAGAAAGCUGCAGCCAGACAGAGCAACUUGUGGAUCUUGACUGUCAUGAAGAUGCUGAGGUUAAAGAAGAAGAAGAAGAGGAAGGCCAAGGUUACCGUGAAAGAAAGGUUCCAAGGAAUUCCAUCUGGGCAAGGACACCAUUUGAGUGAUCAAAAGAUAAAGAAAGGCUAGCUGUUUCUGUGUCUCGAUCCUUUUCCUUCUGCAGAAAGAUUCUCUUGGGAAUGAAAACCGUAGCUUGCAGACAGUGCACGAUAACUAUAAUUAAUAGCUUUUUGUUUUUUGGACUUCCUGUAUUCAUGCUUCAAGCCCCAUUAGUCUGGAGGAUAAGAGGUUAGGUUUGUGGUUAGAAUAUGCUCGGGUUUCAUAGUAGUCAAUAUUGAAUAUGCCUCUAUACCAUCUUGAUCUAUAUUUAGACUUGUCUUGUUAACUUGAA